AUCAGAGUUUACAAACGACGGUUGCACCGAACUUUUGAGUAGACUGUCGUACAAGUGACAUGAACUUGAAUACGUGAAAGUUCUGCAAGUAAAGCAUCGAUCAACAGAUUAAGUCUUAUCGUGAAUAUUUUGAUCAACGUAUUGGGACGCAAUUGUGACAAUAUUGUCAUAAAUGGAUGUGUAUGCUAAAUAUGGCGUCUUAUCGUAGGUUAUGAGAAUGCAACGUAUUACAUCUUCCUGAUUCUAUUAAUUUUGGAUACGAAUUAGGAAUUCAACUGGGAACAAUACAAACAUCUUGGGAUGUAAUCAAAUUUAAUAUACUUUUCUAUAUUGGGAUAUCAACCCAGGCAUAGAAAGUACUGCAAUGCUAAGAGCUUGAAUAAAAAAUGAAAACAUGAGCAGUAAUGAGAAAAGGGAGACUGGUUCAAAAAACAAGUAUACAUUCUUUUCUGAUCCUGAUGUUAUUGCUAAGCGUGCUGAAAGCGCUGCUGCUGCUAUACAUGCUAAACAGGGCUAUCAAAAUAGUUUGCAGCAAGAUCAAUUUAAAGGUGAAACUCAAGAAAAUCCUAAAAACUCCUUGCAUGGCACAGACUUUAAUAACUUGGAUUCGUUAUUAACAUGUCAUCCAAUACAGCCACAUCCAUUUACAUUCAUCACUGCAGUAAAAAGAAAACUUGCACUAGGUAUAUAUCCUGAGACAUGCAAAAAAGCAUAUGAGCCAAGGCAGCAAGAAAAGGCAAACGUUAAUACAGAUGCAGUUAAUGUUAAUACUGAUUAUAAAGAGAGUAUACAACAAGUGGCACAGAAAAUGGACUUCAUAAAACCAUUGAAAGUGCCUGAUGUGAAGAUAUCUCCAAAAAGUUUGGACUACUCUUCAAGAGAUAAUUCUUCCUUAAGAGAGUCCAGUCAACAUAAAACACAUACAAGCUUAAAAAAAUUUGAAACCCUUUCUAAGGAAAUGACACCACCAAGAGGUGAUAAAAUUACAAAAACCAUAGAUAGAGUACAAAGAAAACUGGAUUUUACUGUCUCUGAAGGAACGUCUGUCGUAAGUUGCAAAAAUAUCGAACCAUUAAAGACACCAGAGUUUUCUGUUUCAUCGUCCAUAACAAAGAAAAAGGAUCAUGCAAGAGACAGUUCCAGAGAAAAAGAAAAUAGAUCUAAAAGAAUAAAAAAGGAUGACUCCAGUUGUUCAAAGACAGAAGAAACUUUGCAAGACACUCCAAAAAAGUUACGAAAUUCUAAGCAUAUGCCUAAGAAAGAUGGUGCAGUUUCUAUAUUCAAGAUGCUUAAAAAUGAGAAUUAUUUAUCGCAUAUACCAAAAGAAAGUGAUUCUACAGUAAAGAAGGCAAAAAGCCGAAAUUUUGCAACUUCUACUACAAAAAAGGAUGAUGAUAAAAGACACAAAGUAUGGAAUGUACAAAGUUCAAAAUCGGCAAGAGAUAAGUCUGCAGACUCAAGAAGUAAAAGUUGCAGUAACGAUUGUGUUCUUGAUCAAGUAAUAAAGUCACAAGAAAAAAAUAUUGACAGAGAUAGUCUUAAAGGAAUGGUGUCAGAAAAUACCGAACAUAAAUAUAAAGAGAAUUAUCACUUGUCAAACAUAAUGAAACAAGCGGAUGAUCAAAAACAUAAAGGCUCGGAUAUAAGGCCUUCAAAACAACAUUCUAAAUUAUCUACUCAAUCACAACAAAAACCUAUUGAUGGUACAUCUAAGGAGCACUCUAAAAGAAUUUCUGAAAGACCUAAAUCGACUGCUGGAAAAAUUGAACAAAAAUACAUGAAUACUUCGUCUGAAAUAUCAGAAGAUAUUGAAUCUGUCUUUAAUUCAAAUACGAGUCUCAGAAAUCGAAGUACUGCAUCUAAAAGUGAAAAUAUUAAUAAUGGAUGUUUUUUACAUACAGAAACGUCUUCUCAACAAUCAAAAAUUAAAGAGCCUGAAAAAUCUCUUUGCAAUACUCAAAUCUCAACAGACCCUAGUAAAUCCAAUAGAAGUACCGAGGAUAUGAAUUACAUUGAAAAUUCUUCAGAGCAAAGCAAUGUCACCAACAUUCCCAAGAAUGAGGACGCAUCAUUUCACAGUGUCAUUAAUUCGAACACUAACCAAACAAAUACAAAUGGGGAAUCACACAAUUCAUUCGACGGUUCAUUUUCAGAAGUCAUUAUGGAUCCUAGAAAGAUAUCUUUUAGAGACGAUAGUUACACACAGCAAGAAGAGUUUUGUGAUUUAGUAACACCAAACGUUAAUUUGAUGCUUCCGUCAAAAAGAAAAAAGCAAUUGUUGCAAGGAAAUGAUACCGAGGCUGAUGUUAGAAAUAUAAAACACAAAUCAUCGCUAAACAUGGAGACUACUGAUGCAGGCAUUCAAUUGCUACAUCCUGCUGCACUGCAUAUGCAAUUUCAAGCCGAAUUGCAUCUUCUGGAUUCUUUUAACGAAUCAUUGAGACAAGUGAUGGACGUUGAGAAAUGCCUUCACAAUGUUAAACACGAACAGGAAAAAGAGUUGUUGCAAAAGCAAAAACAAACUAAUGAAACGAAGAAACAAUUAAUAGUUCCGCAAGCGAAUAAAGAUACAAUCGAUACAGAAUGUCACACAAGCCGAAGUAAAAUCGAGUCUGACGCUGCGGCUUUACGAAAUUCGCAUAAGAACAAUUUAGAUGAUGCGGGUGCUGGAGAUAUUAGAAUUCCAAAGAAGAUAAAUGACCUUCAAACAACCGAUUCGGAUGGCUUGAUGGACCGUGCUGCUCAAUCUCAGAGAAUAGCGGAGGAAUUUGAUGAGACUUUAAAGAAACAAAGUAAAUCAUUAGUAAAAGUAGUGGAAGUUCAAACGCAAACCGUAAAUGAUAUCGCGACUCAAACCGAUGUUCAUUUUCGUCGACAUAAUCUACCUGAUCGGUUUCGUGAAUUCUCUGGCAUAACGUAUGAAAGAGGUCCCUCGAUACCUUGCGAAAUUCCACAUUUAUCCCUAGAAUCACUGGAUCAGGUGGAAGAAUUGGAUCAAAUUGAAGACGUUUCCUUACCAAGUAAAUUGAGGACAAUGUCCGAAAUUAGUAUGCAUGAAACAACUUCGUCUAUAAAGACGGAAACUGGCACGGAAAUUAGUAUUUCUACAAGAGGCGUCACUUGUUCCUUCAACAAGUACUUGGAUUUAGAGAUGGCUCAAUUAAUAAAGGAUGAGAAGCAACGAUAUGAUAAAAUCGAAAUGUUAUUUAAAUCGCGUGAGAAAACUCUAAAUGAUCGUACCAGAAAAUUGGUUAAAUUGGAGGAACAAAAGCGUGCAUUAAGAGAUACCGGUCAAGAUAGUCGUAUUAGUUCAGUGAAAAAGAAGCAGAGGGCUUUGUUAUUAAAGCUGCAACAAGAAAAAGACGAGAUGAAUAGGUUAAAAGAAUUGCAUAAAAUGGCAAGUCAGGAGCGGAAACUUAUGUUGCAAAAGCAACGAAACAUGUUUAAUCCUCAAAUGUCCACGAAGAAUAUUUUAACCAAAUUGAAAAGGAGUGCCGAUAGUCAAUCGCCAAGGCGGUUGUCAGGACCAAUGAAGGGUUAUGAUAUUAGAAGUAACAGUUCUAUGAGCUCAUUAGUGGAUUCUGAUAAGUCUCAAGUGGAUCGUUCUCAAAUGGGAAUGAAGUCUCAAGUAUCGGAUACGAGUUCCCAUAAACUCGAGAGGAAAUUUAUGAGAUCAGAUUUGGAUACAUCUAUGCAGGAGAAGCUCGAUCGUUCAAACGCUGAUAAGUUUGACCAGAUGAUCGAAGAAUCCAUUGCAUACGCAUCAAAGUCUGAUAAGUCGGACGAUUUUGGAGAAAUUGAUGGAAAACAACAGAAAUGUUAUUCUCGGACACAAAAGGGUGACGCAAAGUCGAAAUACGAAUUGAAGUCUCGUAAAUAUGAAGAUAAAAUGCCUAAACCAGAUGUGUUAUGCUUGAAAUCACAUCGUUUUGACAUUAAUUCUACAAAUUCCAUGCAUGGAAAGUCUGUGAACGUAGAUAGUCAAUGUAAUCUACACAUCGAUGUACAUUCAAAUGAUUUUUUGAAUCUAGUGCCACACAACACAGAUAAGUCAAUUUGUGAAUACGUGAAAUCAGAGUCGGAUACUUUAAUUGAAGAAUUAUCUCGCAAGUCGAAGUCAUCUAUAACUACUGCAGAGAAUAACGGCCAAGGUAUAAAACCAUCGCGGGAUCGAGAACAAUGUAUGAAAAAUUCAUUUCCUGACACCGGGAUAAUGAAGGGCGAUUCAGAUACUGCGGAAGAAUCGAAGUUAAAGAAGCUAAAAUCGUCACAAAUUGCAGAGAACGACAAUACGUUAUUGACAGCUUCUAAGACGUCAAAAAAGAAUGAAAAAUCUGUAUUAAUAGAGAAAGAUAACUUUAAAAAAACUCAUAAUUCCGAAACCAAGCCAAGCUCAAAACGUAAAGGCUCUCGGAGUCAAAAGGCAAAAUUGUCAUCGGACGUUUUGGAAGAAAAUGUUUUAAGGACAAAGUCAAGCUCACAUUUUUCCGAAGAAAUUGUUAAGCAUCAUGGAAAACGAUCAAAGAUGGAGAAGGAAAGUGCGCAGGCACUUAAAGACGAUGAAAAUUUAAUUUUAGAAGGACUUGACUUCAACGACAGUCAUAGUUCCUUGCAAGCAUUAUUGAAACAUUCGCGAGCCGUUAAGGAAAACAAUUAUAAAUUAUUAAGGGACAUAGCAAACGAGCACGAAACCAAUGACAACAUUUCGGGAAAGAAUUUUUCAGAAAAAAGUUUCGAGAACUUUGAGAAUGGCUCUCGCAGAGAAGAUGGAGAUCUACCAAAUUUAGGAAAUAUUUCAACAAGAUCGCAAGUCAGUACGUUCACAAUAUCCCACCAUAGCUCCGCAGACAGUGAGAAAAGUUAUUCGAGAUCCGUAGUCAUUCGUGCACAGGAUCAUCAAUUUAAAACAUCAAAAAAGCUUGAGCAAAUAUUGGGCGCUCGAGAGACCGCACUUGCGUCACGAAGAAAUUGCGUGGAAAAGUGGAUCGCAUGGCAUGCACGACUUCGUGCCGAAGAGAGUCGCAUAGCACGCAUGGAGGAAGCUGCGUACAAGCUUGUUAGUGCCACUUCUAACGCUCUCUCUUAUCAUGAUACUACAGUAUCAUCUGACACGAGUGAUGUUGAAGGAAGAGUGGAACUGCUGACAGAAAAUUUGGCAGAACGCCGUCUGGAAAUGGCCAGACUUAAAAAGGAGGCCAGAAAACAGGCUAAACAGAGACUUCGAGCUCUUGAAACAAACCUGCUUAAUCAAAUUAAGAAGUAUGACACAACGAUCCAUGAAAUGCGAAAAAAAUUGGAAACGAAGAAAGAAGCUGUUAAGGACAAUAAUUCUGAAAAACUUGCAAUUGAGUCGAUGUCGCUGGCCGAUUUUAAAGUUCCAAAAAUUUCCACCAAGAGGAUACAAGAAAUUUACAGGAGUAGCGAUCUGUUACGCUCUAGAUCGGAAUCCGAUUUACUUUCUGAAGAAGGCCGCGAAAAAACACGAAAAAAUAGUUAUUCUGCGGAAUACGAUGAGAAAAGAGAGGAAAGUGGUUCUCAAAAAUCUACCAGGUCUCUCGACAACAGAAAUAUAAUUGUGUCGGAAGCUUCAAACUCUGAGAAAAAAGAUACGAGCCAUAGCAACCAAUCCCUCUUUGAAGAAGUGAACACUCGUGCGUCAGCGACGUCCGAAAAUAAUUCUAUCAUAAACAGCUGUAAACGUGCCCCGGAACCAGUUGAAUGUGAAAAAUAUAAAUCUACGCAAACGGCACGAUCUGAUGCAGUUGAAAAUUUUAAUUCUUGUUCUGGAGCACCAUCUGAUUUUGAAGAGGUAUCCGCAAAAACUAAUUCUUGGUUCAGUGGACAGAGUUCAAGAUAUGAUUCGAGACGAACGCCAUGUACAGUGCCGGAUUCUUCUCAAAACAAUGCAUUGGAAAGUGUUUAUAGUCAAAUUGGAAUACCAAUACAAAAUUCAAGCCGGCCGCAAACAAUUUCUGUAAAUAACACUGCACAGAACAACUCUAAUGAUACUGCAGUGGUUCCUUCUAAAUCUGAUCAACUUCAAAUCACAUCAAACUCCGAAGAAGGUGGAUAUCAGUUAGAAGCAAGAACCCAACAAAUGUUAGACAUAGCUACGUUAGUCGAUGAACUUAGUUCAAAAAGUAUUUCUUCACAAAGUGGUGUAGAAGAAGUUCCAGCGAGUCAAACGGAACAUCCGAGUUUUGGAAAAGAAAUUUCGAAAAUAGCCUACAGCAGCAAAAUAAGUUCUGUCGUCGAUGACAUCGUCAAGCCCGACGAACCAAGUAACGAUAUGCAGACAGUUUCCCACAAAUUAAACAUUCUGGAGUUGAACAACAAGAAUUUGAAUGACGAUAUAAGUACUCUUGAAAAUGAUCUUAAAGCACUUUCAGAGAUGAUGUCACGAUUUAGUAAAACGUCAGACGAGAAAGUAAAAAGUGGGGCUAGCUUGAAAUCUGCAGAUCCUGUAAUUACCACGGCUGAAGACACAGAGAAAAAUACAUCGAAAGAUGUGUCCGAAGUAUCGCUAAAACUCGAUUCAUAUGAUACCGUGAAAAAAUCAGAAAGUAUCAUAGACAUGGUUGAUCAACCGAUUUCACAAAGGUCAGAUUCAGUUUCCAAAGAAAUAUUUUCAGACAUUAACACGAAAGAUAAGACGCACAUUGAACCAACGAUUCACAGCGAUUUGAUAUCAAAAGUAACAGAAGACGUAUUUAAAAAAGAUAACGCAGAAAACAAUUUGGUGCCUGACGCAGAAAAUGAAUUUGACUUUGAAGCGAGAAGUAAACAGAUAUUAAACGAAAUUGAAAAAUCUAUAAUAUCCGAGCAUAUUAAAUCUUCUGAUAAUGAAUUAAAUGUUACAAGCAUUUUGCCAAUCUUAGAAACCAACGUGUAUCAGUCGCAAGAUGAAAACAUUGAUUUGUCGAAUGCAGCAGAGUCUUUGAAAGAUUCUGUUAAAUCAACUUUCAGUACAAUUUCGGAAAUAACUGAAGUCAAGAGUAAUAUCGAGGAAGCUGGAAGAAGCGUUUCAGAUACUGACGAAGGUAAAUCCGGUGUCGCAUAUAAGAAAUAUAAUGCUACAGAUGCCGUAGUGGAAGAUUUAAAUAAAAAAGCACACAAAUUCGAUAUCGAUAAUAGAAACGAUCAACCGUGUACAACAUGUAUUAAAGAUUCUACUCCAAUAUCUGAACCUGCACCAGGCGAUAAUUUGAUACGCGGCACCGAGAAAUUUAUAUCCGAAAUACCUGAAGAAUCUGUUACAAUAUAUUCACAUAAGGGCGCUGGAGAUUCUGCUACUCAUUCUUAUAUUGUAUCAAACGAAGAUGAAUUCUUAAAAGCUGAUUACUCUGAAGUUUUGCAUCAUGGCUCAGCGAAAGUUGGUAGCGAGGUACCUUUGUCUCUAUCUCCAAAAUCUCUGAAAGAAGAUGAACUAGGUAAAGUUGUUCAAGAAGUGACUGAAGCAGUACAAGACUCAAGUGAAUAUUCGCAAGGAGUGAAAAGCGAAAAGACAAUUGAAGAAGAACAAGAAGAUAUCAAUUUAAUUAAAACGUCGCAGAAUCCUAAUGAGUUAAACUUGGCAACUGCCGAAAAGUCAUUGCUUGUCACAGAACAUGACGCAAUAGGAUAUGAACAAUGUGAGAAAAAUCCAGAUGAUUCAUUAGAGUUCAAUACAAAACUUAAUUACGAUGAUGAGGAUAGCAUUUCUAGUAAGCAAUCGAACGAGUUUGAUGAGGUUUAUGUAAAAUCAAGGGACGCUUCGAUCAUUAAAUCACCUAUGGAUCAAGAUUGGACUACUUCUGAUUCUUUUGAAAUUCAGCAAAUCAUUGAUGUACCAACAGAAUAUGAUUGUGAGAAAUCAGAGUUGUCGCAGUUAAACGUAACUUUGGAAAAUACUGGAAUUGACAAAUCGACGUCAAAAGGGAUUUUCUUGGAUAAGAAUGCUGACUAUUCUUCGUAUUAUGCGGAUAGUGAAACCUUAACUGAUAAUAUCGACGAGUCUGUACUUUUGCCAAAAUACGAAUCCACUAAGAUUGAAGAUCUGGAUAUUAAUUUGGACGAGUGGAAUAUCAAGAAAGAUGUGUCCAAGGAUGCGAAUGAACUUCAUCACGCGUUAAGUCUAAUUGCUCAGGAAGAGAGCCAUAAAGAAGAUACUAAGGAUGUUGAAAAUAAGGAAAGUUUGGAUGAUAUUCCACUUUCCGUAACUAGGAUUCUUAAUAAGGUUGAAAGUGAAGUAGAGAAAAAUCUUAAAUAUGAAAAAGAUAAUAUGUGUACCAAGAAAGUUCAAAGUUCUGAAAAUUUAGAAGAUGCAACAAGAGUCAAAGAAAAUAUUAGUGAGAGUGAUAGCGUAUUGCAGAAACCGCAUGAAGAAGAUUUGCAAAAUAAUAUUUUGAAAAAUAGAGAAACUUCGGAAAUUAAUACUGAGAGUGCUUUACAGAAUUUGAAAAUAGAAAAGGAAGAACAAUGGGAUGUCUCGACAAACUCUGAUGUUCUUAAACAUGCUUCAUCCUUGCCUCUGAUAAGUAUAUCCUUAUCUGUAGAGAUCCAGGAUAGCGAUGGAACACAACAAAAAUCAUACAAAUCACAUGACAUAGUGAUUGAAGAACUGGAACCAGGGACUUUGGAAAGUGAAGAGUUACCUGAAUUAGAGAUUGAUGCAAAGAUAGAAUUACCCGACACAGAAGAAUUGCCUUAUACUUCGGGUUUAAUCCUGGAAAAUAUUUUGGAAGAAAAUGAAGAAAGAUCGGUUGACCAAGCUGAAAGGGACGAAGCUAUAGUUGUAACGGAAGAACAAAGUGAGUCGCCGACGUGCAAUCAACUGAAGAAUUCGAAUGAACAACUAGAUAACUUGAUUGAAACGAUCGAAGAUAAAUUGGACGUUAUCAAGAAGAUUGCUCUACCUGGUGAUUCAAACUUGAUGAAAUCCGAGUUUGAACAGUUAUCUCCUUUAAAGUCAAUAACGUCAAAUGAGUUGCAGAAUGAAGUUAUUGGAGAGCAAGUAAAGAAGGAGGAAACAAUUUCUUUCACCAAAGAUAUGCAUAAAAUUGUUGAAACCGCACAACAUGAUUCUGCAUCAGAGUUACAAAAACUUACCUAUAGUGAGAAUGCCGGCAAAACAUUUGAAAUAAUAAAAGAUCCAGAGUACGAAGAUAUUUCAGAAGAGAGUCUUGAAGUCUCUGAAAUUUUAGAUAGGUCCGAGUCUCAAAAGUCGUCAAUUGGAUCGCAAAAGAGUGAAACAAUACCAGAGAAGUACGAAGUAACUCAAAAGUCAGAUGAAGUUCUACGGAUAUUGGAUGAAAUAUCACAAAAAUCGGUAGCAAGUUCUACAGAACUAUUACAAAAGCCUCAAGAACAUCUUGAGAACGUAGACGUAGUCAUACACGUUUUCGAGAGCAUAACGCCAGAAUUUGAAGGUGCAUCGAAUCGAGGUGACGUUCUUUUAGAAAAGUCGAAAAAGGAUUCAUUUUCGAAAGAUUUCAAAGUAAACAGAGUAGUUUCAGAUUCUGUGCCAGUAAUAAAAUUAAGCGAUGCCGAGGAUUCACAGAUCCGUCCUACCAAGUUAACCGAUUUACCCGUUCAAGAGUCCGAAGUCCCAUUAAAGUCUCAGGAACUUUCUGAAAAACUUGAAAAUGUAUCACCGAGACGCGAUGUCGAUGCAUCGUCUGAAUCGAGUGAAGGAGUUGACACUCCAAGAGGAGUGUCUGAGAUUGAAAUGGAUUCACCAAGAAAUCUAAAUGAAUCAAGAUUGGACGUUGAUGCUCUGGAUGAUGAUUUGCUGGGAAAUGAUUUGGUCAAUACGAACGCAGAUACUAAAGCUGAGUUACACGUUGCUCCAAUCGUUACAACGUCCGAAAAGGACAUCGAAGCUAUGAUCAACAAAUUGAAAGCAUCUCUAGAACAACCUGGAUUAGAUGUAGCGGAACUAGAGGCAAAGCUACUUCGAAUAGAACAACUUCAAAUCGAGCUUGAGAUUAAGAAAUUAGAAGCAGAAGAGGUAUCAUACUAUGUAAGGGAGAUACCGAAUAAACCACCACCUCCUUAUACACCUCCAGGUGGCGGAAGGUCACCAACAUUACAAGUAUCCCCUUCACCACCUGCUGUUGUUCCAACAAACAUAGAAGAACUCACUGCUAUCACUGAGAAGGCUACAGCAAUAAUAUUUAAAGCAAAACAAUCAGGUCAGGAUAUAAUGAAUCUAGAAGCAGCGACAGAGAUAUUUGAGCUGAGUAAAGAAGAUAAUGAGACCGCAAAGAAAGAUAGAAAGAUCUACAAUGCAUUCCUGUUCGAUCUUUGCAAGGAGACAAUCGCAGAGGUUUACAGAUCAGAAUAUGAAAAGCCUGGACCUAGUUGGUCGAAGCUUAACGCAAAGACAAAAGUGACAAUAAAGAUACCGAAAACUGUGGACGAAUUGAACGAGUACGUUAAUAAAGAAGUGGCGACCUUAUUCGGUUUUAAAACAAAGUUACAAAGAGAGAAUAUGGUGAUGCGGUGGAGUAGAAAACGUAGGGACAGAGUCGAUGAGCUUUUAGCUCGAGAAGCACAGGCAGAGGAGGAUGAAUGGACUAAAUUUCAUCGUGACGAACUCACCGUUAAAAAUGAGCUUACAGUAGCAAUACUGGAUUCUCUUAUUUUAGAGACUGCUAAUGUUAUUAAAUCUGCCUACAUAAAAAAAAGACAAAUCUCAACAUAGUUCUUGUCUGUGGAAAAAUGCCUUAAAAUUUUUCCCAUUAUGUGGGCUGGUCUACUGUGUUGGGCACUGUUAGCUACCAUUAUUGCUAUAGAUUUAUUUUCAACAAUGUCUCGAUGAUUUCGUAUCUGCGUUUAUAGGCUGGUUCCUAUUUCUUUGACGUGAAGGUUGUAGAUUUUCAUGGAGGUUUCAUUGUUUGCAAAGAUACGUAAUAAGAAGCGUGUCUACAAUGAAAGGCCUGACAUCUUUUAUAAAGAGGACUGCAGUGAAUUGACAUUCGAUAACAGUUCUUUGUUUUUUUUUUGUUUCUGCUAAACCCGAGAAUCAAACGCCCUUGGUCAGUUUUGAAUUUAACUAUUGAUAAUUAGAGUAUAGCUUAUAAAUAGCUUAUAGAAACGUUGCAUUUUUUUUAUGUGUACUUUAUAAUAUACUUAACCUAAGGACUCUCGUUUUGACGUUUGGUGUUUUAUAUUGCGGUAAUCUUCAAAGUAAGUUCUGGCUUCUUGUCGAUUACGUUAAAAGUUCGAGUAACGUUUUGACAAGUAUUCCGACGGCUUUGAGAAGUAAUGCUCAAUUACUAUAAUUUAAUUAACGAAAUUUUCACGUAAGACUGAAACACCUCGAUAUAAAUUAAUCAAAUGCAGUGAUCCUUCGCAUUCACUGGAGCAAAUGAGAAAGCAGAGAUAGUAGAUGAGAACGAACUGAAGAAUGAAAACAAUGUAUAGCACUGUUGUCAGCAAAAUGUGUUAUCAAUCGAUCAGAGAUAAGUGUUUACAACGAAAAGGUAGUCUUAUAAUGUUAUCUAUAUGUAUGUAGAAUCAUCGUUCUGAGUUUCCAACUUGCGUUUUAAUUGUAAAACUAAGCGAUUAACCGUAGUAUUAUAGCCGUUUCGUCAAUGGGUAGAUCCAGUUCUCACCGAAUUUAAUUUACGGUCAUGGUUGUGAUGUACAUAACAGAAAGUUUAAUACUUUCGAUGUAGUUCAUAUUUGCAAAUGCAGCGACGGCACGCAAUUGAAAAUUGAAAGCGUCUCGUACUUUUCGUUUGAAAAUUUAAACGAAAUUAUCGCUCAUUGCGUCUCGUUACGACGGGCCGCCACUGAUUUAGUUAGGCUGAACUUGCAUGCAAGGUAGUUGUUAAUCAAAAUAUUUGCGUAUGUAGUUGGAUAUGUACUUAAUUAAGUUCUAAUAUAUUUUAUAAUAAACUUUGUCGAAGAAA